AUGUCAACUGAACAAGACUCUACAGACGUAGCAUUUGAUGAGAUUGUAUCUCCUCUUUCUGAUGAUAUUCAAAAAUAUGUCAAGAAAGUGUACCAGGCAUACUCUGAACUUGUUCAAUUGAAUCAAAAACCAGUUGUAUUAUUGAUUGGUCAAACUGGUGUUGGAAAAUCAUCAAUUAUUAACACAUUAUUCAAAGAGGUAGUCGCAUUAGAAGGAGAAACAACAGAAACAACAGAAGGAUUUAAUAGAUAUGCAUCAGAAAAGAUAAGUAUUUAUGAUUCGAAAGGGUUUUCAGGAAUAGAGACAAAGAAAUUUAUGGGGAGUUUAAAGAACUUUUUAACAUUACAAAAUGAACGUAAACGAAUUCAUCUUGUAUGGUUUGUAAUCAACUCAGCUGUAGGAAGACUUCAGCCAUUUGAAGAAGAAAUUUGUAAAACAUUAUUAAAUGAUGUCCCAGUAUGUUUUGUGUUAAACAAAGCCGAUUUGUCAAGUCAAAUGAAUCGGACACAAUUAAAGAAAAGUAUUCUUGAAAUGGGAUUAAAGUCGUGCUUAGGGGUGUUUGAAACUGUUGCUGGGACAGUUAGAGGACAACCAGUAAAGAUAGAUAAAUGUCCAAAAUGUGGUGGAGAUGAAUUAGUAUGUAAGAUAAAGACUAAGACAAUGAUGUGUUGUAAAUGUAUGGAAGAAUUUAGUGUUGACUCACAAGAGUCCCAGUUAAUAGAAACAACUUUAAAUCAUAUUCCACCAAUGACAAAAAAAUUCUUUAUUUCAAGCCAAAAAGUUAAUUUCAAAAUUAAAGAUGAUGCAGCAAAGAUGGAAGUUAUUGGUAUUGAAAAUGAAAUAAAGGAUGCUACAGUAGAAGAGGCACUUGAAAAGAUAAUAAAACGAAUGAUUAAUAUUUCUAUUGUAUUUGAAUGUAAGAAGAGUGGUGAUGAAAAUGCUACCAAGAAGUUUUUUACAUUAUUAUUUAAUGGAAAAAGUAAUUUAACUAAGAAAAUUAUGAAACUUAUUAAAGGAGAUGAUGAAGAUGAAAAAGCUAAAGCCUUUGCUAUAGCAGUUGAGUGGUAUCGUGCAUUACGGUCUAUUUGUUGGUCAAGUAUUCAAUCACCAAGACCAUCACUAACACCUGAACAAGCAAUUGAAGUUGUCAAAGAGGCAUUAGAAGUACUUGAAGAUGGAGAGUUAGAGGAUAUGAGAAUUAAGUUAGAAAGUUUUGGUUUAGAAGAAGUUCUUAAAGAGUGUCAAGAAUGGGACAUUGAUGACAACCUAAAAUCACUUCAACAACAAGAUGACAUUCAAAACAAAGAUAUAAAAUAG